AUGGACCACACGGAGGCGCUGCCGGACGACGCGCUCGCGGCCAUCCUCGGCCGCCUCGCGCGUCAGGACCUGGCGGCGUGCCGCCGCGUGCGCAGGGCGUGGCUUGCCAUCGUGGACGGGCGGCGGCUGCUGCCGCGCAACCACCAUCUGCCGGACUCGGUGGAGGGCAUCUUCGCCAACUACUGGAGCUACGAGCGCCCGCACUUCCUCGGCCGCCCCUCCACGCGGCACCGCGGCGUCGACUACGGCAACCUCCACUUCCUGCCCGGCUAUUCUGAGGACAAUAACAUAAUCGUGGACCACUGCAGCGGCCUCCUCCUCUACGGUGAUGGCUACAAACUCUACUGCUGUGGCGGCCUGAGAGUGUUCUGCGUGGUUAACCCCGCCACACGACGGUGGGAACGCCUCCCGGGCACGCCUGACAAAGAAAGCUCCACCGCGUACCUGGCAUUCGAUCCUACCACGUCGCCGCACUACAAGGUGUUCUUGAUACAACCUAAGGAUCUAGGGUUGUUCGACGUGACCGACUGCGAGUCGGCAGAAGUCUCACCAUAA